AUGGGGAGCACAUGUGCCUUGAUUCCUGGACACGACCCCGCUCGGAGGACACGCCUGGACAUCUGCAUCCACCUGCAGCGCCCUGUGGAUGGGCCCCCAGCAGAAACCUGCCCCGGCCUCGGCGACCCUGAAGAAAACCCGGAGGAAACCAGGCCUGACCGGACCCUCCUCAUGCCGCCCCACACCAAACCCAGAGAAAACCAGGCCCAGGGCCCGGAACAGCUGCUCACCAGGGAGGCGAGGGUGCGAACGCCCUGCUGCGUCUCCCACUCAGCUCGGGAGGAGCUGGCCGGCCGUUGGCUGAGUUUUGAGGACAGAAAGAACAUGCUCAGGCCACAUAAUCACAGCACCGCGUGA